AAUUACAAAAUUCCCCAGAAAGCAAUAAAGAAACAUAACGGAAUUUAACCAAUACGAUUUGAAUUUAUUUUUUGUUUACUUUUUUCUGUUCAAAAUAACCGACGGUGGCAAAGAGGCACUAGCCUCGAAUUGCUUUUGCCCCAUUUCCCAAUUUCUGGUUUAGUGCGACUCUUUCUAAUUUCCGCCCACAUAAUGAAAAAAGUUACACCUACUUUAAUGUGUAGGCUACCAUCAAAUAAAAUUACAUAUGAAGAGGGAGAGGGUGGCUACUAAAAUGGAAGAUCUUGCCAACAUUCUGGUCAACGCGGCAGAAUUCGUCCCAGGGCGGUUGUAUUUUGUCACCAUAAAUACUUACGAGACCCCAGAGUCCACAUCUUGUGUGCACUACUUUACUAUGGACGAAGAACACCGCUAUAACAGCUUUUACAACGAUUUCGGACCUUUAAAUUUGGAGGUUUUGUAUGGUUAUUGCCGUAAGUUGGACGAAUCCCUGGCGGAUGCAGCCCUACAUAGCAAGAAAAUCGUGCACUACACAGGCACCAAUGAUCAGAACCGAGUGAACGCGGCCUUUUUGAUUGGGGCCUACGCCGUCAUCAACCUUAAUUUUAAUCCGGAGGAAGCCUAUGAAGUUCUCAAUAAAGGGUCAAAGAAGGACUACAUCGAGUUUCGGGAUGCCUCAAUAGGGCAACCUUAUACACUGUCACUCUUGGACUGUCUCAAAGCUGUGAAGAAAGCAUUGGAUCAUGGAUUCUUUGAUUUCAAUAAUUUCGAUUCGUACGAAUAUCGACAUUACGAGCGCGUGGAGAACGGCGACUCCAACUGGAUAGUGCCGGAAAAGUUCAUCGCAUUUUGUGGACCCCAGGAUGAAUCGGCCAUCAGUUCGUUGUUCUACCCCAUCAACACCCCAGAAAUGUAUUUUCCGUAUUUUCGUUACUACAACGUUACAACGAUCAUACGCUUAAAUAAAAAGGCUUACGAUUCGAAUCGUUUUGUCCAGGAAGGGUUUGACCACAAAGAUCUGUUUUUUAUUGAUGGGGGAAUUCCCGAUGACCGAAUUUUAAACAAAUUCAUAUCAAUCUGCGAGAACGCGAGCGGUGCCAUAGCCGUACAUUGUAAAGCUGGGCUCGGAAGGACUGGAACUUUGAUCGCGUGCUACAUAAUGAAACACUAUAAGUUCACGGCGCAAGAAGCCAUAGGUUGGAUAAGAAUUUGCAGGCCGGGAUCUAUUAUUGCUCAUCAACAAACUUGGCUGCUACAGAAACAGAAGCAACUAUGGGCAGCAGGCGAAGAAUAUAGACAAAAACAUAAAAUGAGUGGGCCUAUUAAACAUAAAAUCGGGAUCUAUCCAAAUCGGUCAUCAAUGAAUAACAAUAAAACUAAGGUGAACGAUAACGUGACCGGUAUCAUGAAAAAGGUAAACUCCAUGGAAAUCAACGAUAAAGAUGAUUUUGAAACAGAAGAGAACGAAAUAACCCAAGGCGAUCGUUUGAAUGAGAUUAAAGCACAAAGGGCUAAAGCAAAGCAACCCCUGGAGACAAAUCUGACUGAUUGUAAAGUUGUUCGCUCAAAAGUUAUUGUAAAUACGUCAACGUCUCCCGUUAGAGAUGGGAGGAUAACCACAAAUACUACCAAGAGUACAACUUCUACCACUAGAGUUUUAACAAAAAGAAACGAGCUGAACGAAAGUCAAACAACACGCCGUUGCAGUCAACGAAAAAUCAACGCUUCCCUAUUAGCCAUAGGCAAAAAUAAAGUUCCGGAGGCAAAAUGUUUACCCAAGAAAAAAGAAAAUUUAAGUUGGUUACUUAAAAACGGCACCAUGACGCACGAUACUAUAGCCAAGUGCAGUUCAGAUAAUAAAAUCGAAAGUACUGUAAAAAGAUGUAAAAGAACGCUUGCUCUAGAGAAAGAUAAGGCGAGUCCGCAUUCUGUAAAAGUGUUGCGGCGGUCCCACGGACAGACUUCAAAAGACAGUAAUAAAAAGAACGAUGGAAAGUUACAUUUACCAUCUGUCAAAAUCAACAAAUCGAUUUAAAAUGUAUAUAUUUUUAAAUGGUUGAUAGAGUUCAAAGUCUAACUGUAAUAAAUAAAACACUUUGUUUUCGAUCACUCACACAGAGAAAAACAAACACUCAGUGUUAGUACUUAACAUGCUAUAAGUGUAACUUAGAAUAGUGAUGGCAGUAUUAUUUCAGCUUUCGUUACCUACUUUCAAAUCAAACCAGUCUAUACGUUCUUUUCAAAGUUAACUGAGUGUUCCAUUACUUAUUUAUGUAUAUAAUGUUAAAGAGUAAAUAUAUCAUCUACGUCUAUUUUAUGUUAAUUUUUGGACUGUUAUGAUGGAACGUAUUAUGGAAAAAUAAUUUAAAAAAGCGAUAUUUGCGGGUGUCGCCUGACGUUCGAAGCAAGUGCCAGUUGUAAACUUACUUCGUUACGUCAAACGUCACAUGUUUGGAUUGUGAGGCGCACCAUCUUAGAUCAGUUGUUUUUGAUCAUACGUUGCAUAAAUAUUGUUCGUGUUAGUGAUAAUACAUUACACUUUUAUUUAAUUCCCACUAAGAGAUCUUGGUUAUUAUAUUUGUUAACUCAUCUUACGUUGUUUAAUUUAUAUAUGUACAUUACGUCACUGUAUGCUUAUAAUUGCCAUGUUAGCUAUAGGUUUCACACCUUACAAUCUAUAACUUAUUGUAUUUUCAUUUUGAAAAAAAAAAAAUGUUUCAUAUUAUAAAAUUACUUUUCUCAA